GAAUCUAUAAUUCUUUUUUUUAUCUAAUUCAUUUUCGAAGAUGGCUGAUUUAGAAUGAAAAGCAAAGAUGGUUUCUUCCGAUAUCCUAAGCAAAUCCCAAAAGCUUUCUAAUAAACUUCAAGUUCCGUUUCCUACGCCGUUUCGCUUCUCGAAUAUUUCAUCUCCUCUUUCGGCUUCCGACGCUUACGACUACUAUCUUCGGCUACCGGAGCUGAGAAAGUUAUGGGAGACAAGGGAAUUUCCAGCUUGGAAAAACGAGCUCGUUUUGAAGCCGGCUUUGCAUGCUUUAGAGAUCACCUUCAGGUUUAUUUCGAUUGUUCUGUCCGAUCCUAGAUCGUAUUCGAACCGUCGCGAGUGGAGUCGUAGACUUGAGUCACUCACCAAGAGUCAGAUCGAAAUUAUUGCCAUGCUCUGCGAGGACGAGAAGGAGGACAAAACGGCCGCUGGCGCGGCGCCGAUCGUCGACCUGACUUCUUCGAACGGAGUACUAGCUCGUGAGACCAGCUCCGCCGAAGUAUGGAAGCUUCAAGGAGAAACAACGAUCGUUAGCCGAACCAGUGAAGCCAGCUUGCUGCCUCGACUUGCAACGUGGCAGAAAUCCGAAGACGUUGCGCAGAAAAUCCUCUACUCCAUCGAGUGCGAGAUGAGGAGUAGUCCGUACACUCUGGGUUUGGGAGAACCGAAUUUAUCCGGCAAACCGAACAUCGAUUACGACGCCGUUUGCAAGCCGAACGACCUCCACGCGCUUAAAAAGAGCCCGUACGACGACCGCAUCGAAAACCACGAGAACGCGACGCUUUACACGACGCAGCAGCUUCUGGAAUCGUGGAUCCAAACGGCGAAACAAGUGCUGAAACGCAUAACUUCAAGGAUCGACGACGAAAGCUUCGAAACCGCCGCGAGCGAUUGCUAUUUGAUGGAAAAGAUUUGGAAGCUUCUUGCGGAAAUCGAAGAUCUUCACCUCUUAAUGGACCCCGCCGAUUUUCUUCACUUGAAAAGUCAGUUACUGAUAAAACCGGUCAACGAAACGGAAGCGUAUUGUUUCAGAUCGAAAGGUUUGGUUGAAAUUACGAAUAUGUCCAAGGAAUUGAAGCACAAGGUUCCUUUUAUAUUGGGAGUGGAGGUGGAUCCUAAAGGUGGACCCAGGAUUCAAGAAGCUGCGAUGAGAUUAUACACAGAGAAGCAGGAGGGCAGUAAGGUCUUUCUCUUACAAGCUUUGCAAGCCAUCGAAGGAGCCCUAAAGCGGUUCUUUUACGGCUAUAAGCAAGUGUUGGUGGUGGUUAUGGGGAGUUUAGAAGCGAAAGGGAACCGCGUCGUGGCGGGGUCCGGCUCGGUGGAUUCGUUGAGUCAGAUAUUCUUGGAGCCUACUUAUUUUCCUAGUUUGGAUGCGGCUAAGACAUUUUUGAGCGAGUUUUGGAGUCAUCAACUGGGUGGAUCUGUGCUGACUCGGUGGAAGACUAGGACCACUCAUUUUGAUUAGAAACAUUCUUUCUAA